GGCAGGCACAUACCGAAAAGGGAUAUGAGGAUUUUGGAUGCUGAAGUUCCGGGCGGGGAGGAAAGAGUGGCCAUAACGCCUAAGAAGAACUCUAUGAUCACCAUAGCCGCAGGUGUCUCCUACUGACCCUCCCCCAUCCUAGAUCUAUAUAUAUAUACACCUGCUCCUGGGGAAAGAUGGACAUCAGGUGAGAAGAUGCAGGUGCUGAUGGCCUGCGCUCGGAGAGUGGGUACAGUGAGAAGUAGAUGAUGCCAGCCAUGAGAGGGCUGCUCGCUCCUCAGAAUACAUUCCUAGAUACCAUAGCGACCAGGUUCGAUGGAACACACAGCAACUUUGUCCUUGGCAAUGCUCAGCUGCCACACUCCUACCCUGUGGUGUAUUGCUCAGAUGGUUUUUGUGAGUUGACUGGCUUUGCCCGUGCAGAGGUCAUGCAGAGAUCCUGUGCCUGUACCUUUUUGUAUGGUGCAGAUACUGGAGAACAGGCCAAGCAGUGCAUCCAGAAAGCCCUAAAUGACAAACAAGAGCUUAAGGCUGAGUUGCAGCUUUACAUGAAAAAUGGCUCACCAUUUUGGUGCCUACUGGAUGUUGUACCGAUCAAGAAUGAAAAAGGAGAAGUUGUUCUGUUUCUCGUUUCAUAUAAAGACAUCACAGACUCCAAGACCCGGACAGGAACAGAGAGCUGGAAAGAGACAGCAGGAAGGGGGGAGCAGCAUUCCCGAGCCACAGGAAAAGGUUUUGAUGCCAAUCGUAGGCGAAGCCGCGCAGUCCUUUACCACCUUUCAGGACAUCUGCAAAAACAAAACAAAGCUAAAGCAAAAAUUGGGAAGGGUGUUUUUGGAGAGAAGCCUCGAGUUCCGGAAUAUAAAGUUGUUUCUGUCCGUAAAUCUCCUUUUAUACUUUUACACUAUGGCCCAUUCAAAGCCUGCUGGGACUGUUUAAUCCUCCUUGCGACCCUCUAUGUAGCAGUGACUGUACCAUACAGUUUCUGCUUCAGUACUGGAAAAGAGGACGGUACUCAAAGUCCAAGGAGCCCACCAAGUGCUUGUGAUCUGGCAGUGGAAGUUCUGUUCAUUUUAGAUAUCAUCUUGAAUUUUCGAACAACAUUUGUCAGUCAGUCCGGACAGGUUGUAUUUUCUUCACGUCUAAUCUUCCUCCAUUAUAUCAGGACGUGGUUCUUGUUGGAUCUUUUAGCUGCUCUCCCCGUGGAUCUGCUCUAUAGCUUCAAAGUCAAUAUAUUUGACUUCUUUCAGUAUUUUGGGGCUCACCUCCUGAAGACUGUUCGUCUAUUACGGCUGCUGCGUCUCCUCCCAAGACUGGACCGCUAUUCUCAGUACAGCGCCGUUGUUCUCAGCCUCCUGAUGGUUGUCUUUGCUCUCCUGGCACAUUGGGUUGCUUGUAUCUGGUAUUUCAUUGGUCAGCAAGAAAUUGAAAGCAGUCAGUCAGAAGUCCCAGAAAUCGGUUGGCUCCAAGAACUAGCCCGACGUUUGGAAACUCCUUAUUACAUAGGAAGAAAAAAUAUUACCAGAGUUAUCCCUGCUCAGAACAAUUACAGUGAGGAGACCGCCAAUGGCACUGGCUUGGUGUUAUUGGGAGGACCGUCUUCCAGAAGCUCGUAUAUCACAUCCUUGUACUUUGCCCUCAGCAGUCUCACCAGUGUUGGCUUUGGGAAUGUAUCAGCUAACACAGACACUGAGAAAAUCUUUUCUAUUUGUAUCAUGCUAAUAGGAGCCCUGAUGCACGCGCUGGUGUUUGGAAAUGUCACCGCAAUCAUCCAGCGUCUCUAUGCAAGGAGAUUCCUGUACCACAGCCGUACACGGGAUCUACGAGAUUACAUCCGAAUUCAUGGGAUCCCCAAGCCUCUAAAACAACGAAUGUUAGAGUAUGUCCAGACUACAUGGGCAGUGAACAAUGGCAUCGAUACCAAUGAGCUCUUGCGCAGUCUUCCAGAUGAACUACGAGCUGAUAUCGCCAUGCACCUCAACAAGGAACUUCUCCAAAUGCCAUUGUUUUCCCUUGCAAGCCGAGGUUGCCUGCGCUCUCUGUCACUUAAUAUUAGGCCUUCCUUCUGUACCCCUGGCGAGUAUCUCAUCCGGCAGGGGGAUGCUAUGGAAGCCCUGUACUGUGUGUGCUCAGGAUCUAUGGAAGUCCUCAAAGAUGGAGUUGUGUUGGCCAUAUUGGGAAAAGGUGACCUGAUUGGCUGUGAGGUUUCUUUUGAGGACACAGUGAUUAAAGCGAAUGCAGACGUCAAAGGCUUGACAUAUUGUGACCUUCAGGGGAUCAGUCUGAAGGGACUUCGUGACACACUAUCACUCUAUCCAGAAUAUGCAUAUAAAUUCACAAGUCAGAUCACACAACAGCUCAGUUACAAUUUGGGAAGCAGCAGAUGUGAGCCUGAGAGCCAAAUCCAUAUGCAACAGUCUCCUAUGAAAGAUGGUCUACCAGAAGGGGUGUCAUCGCUUGUAAAUGCUUCUUUUCUUACCCCAAAGUCCUCUCCCAGACUUCGACUCUCCCCAUCAAGGUUUUCAAAUUAUAGCACUGAACGAAGAUCUCAGGAAGUGACACCCAUUCACACUCCGCGGAGGAGUUGUGCUACUGAACUACAAAUACCACUCAUGCCUUGUAGUAGGCCACCAGAAUUAAGCCCAAGGGUUGUGGAUGGAAAAGAGGGAACAACUGGUUUAGUCGCGCAGAAAUUCACAUUCUCAAACUGCAGCAAUCUUCAAAACACUGCAGAUCAUUUAUUGUUGGCAUCAGAACCAAGAGCUACAGAUAGUAUGGAUCAUCUCAGUCAAGCGGUAUCUGAUCUGUCCUGCCAAGUGCAGGAACUAAGAGAAGGCCUCCAGUCCCUACGACAUGCCGUUCACGUAGCUCUAAUGCCAUGUAGUCCAUCAUCCUGCCACCAUGGAGGAGACUUCCAUACACACUGUGGGGGAGGAGUACAUUCACCAGGGGAUGCAACAAGUACAUGUCCUUCACUUUUCCAUCCUGCUCGAGUCGAGAAACCAUCUCAGGUCUGUUAUGUACACAGUGCUUCCCCAGCUUGCUCAGAAGGACAUUUAUCUUGGCUUUGGGCUCCCCCUACUCCUAUGUGGCUGCACUACACAGGAUUUGAACAAAGAGACAUCGUCCAGCCAGGUGCAAUGGGGGAACCGCACACCACGACAGACACUCAGGCUGUAGAAAUGCACUUUAUUCUUCCACAAAGAGGGAGCAACACCGAUCCAGAAAGCUGGCCCCGGGAGGAGGCGACCGGCGUGUAAGGAUGAAGAACAGUAUUAGGAUAGUAAGGCACAGGGUUGUGAAAUUUGUCAAGGUUUCCAAGAAAUGGCUUUAAAGGGGUUCUCCGCAGCCCCAUCGUCCGGAUUUUUUUUUUACGAACGCUUGGAGUGGGCGGCGGGGGUCAUGACAUGACACGACACGACUACGUCCCUUGUUAAGUCA